UAGCUCGUCUCUCAUCCCAACAAAAAAAAAACACCGAAUCAUGCCCGACGAGACGGCCGUCGAAAGAAUGUCUCUGCAGCGAAUUUAAGUGUUCAAAGGCAUUUUUCGGAGUAAGCCGAGCACGGACCGAGCUCCGUUGUAAGCUGGGUUCCGGCGGAGUCUUUUUUUUUUUUUCUUCCCUUGGUGCUGACCCGUGUGGGCCUUGUCGUCGCAAACCAAUCCGCCGAGUGUCACACACAACAACGUCCGGGUUCUGUUUUUUGUUUUUAAUGUUGGAGUCGUCAGGUUUUUCUGGCUGUCGUAUCGAGUGUUUCCCCGUCGGAAGAUGGACACCGACAAGUUCAACUAUGUCUACAGCUGUGACCUGGACAUCAACGUUCAACUUAAGAUAGGCAGUUUAGAAGGGAAGCGCGAGCAGAAAAGCUACAAGGCGCUGCUGGAGGACCCCAUGCUCCGGUUCUCGGGCCUCUACCAGGAGAACUGCUCGGACCUCUACGUCACCUGUCAGGUGUUCGCCGAGGGGAAGCCCCUCGCCUUGCCCGUUCGCACCUCGUACAAAGCGUUCAGCACACGCUGGAACUGGAACGAGUGGCUGCGACUGCCGGUCAAGUAUCCGGACCUCCCCCAAAGUGCCCAGGUCGCCCUUACAGUGUGGGACAUCUAUGGGCCGGGCAGAGCUGUACCCGUGGGGGGCACUACUGUCACUCUCUUUGGCAAAUACGGUAUGUUCCGGCAAGGGAUGCAUGACCUGAAGGUUUGGCCGGGCGUGGAGGGGGAUGGAGGGGAGCCCACUACCACACCGGGACGCACCAGCAGCAGCCUGGCAGAGGACCAGAUGGGCAGGCUCGCCAAGCUGACGAAGGCCCACCGACAGGGCCACAUGGUGAAGGUGGACUGGCUGGACCGGCUGACCUUCAGAGAGAUUGAGAUGAUCAACGAGAGUGAGAAACGCAGCUCUAACUUCAUGUACCUCAUGGUGGAGUUCCCCCGCGUCAAAACAAACGACAAGGAGUACAGCAUUGUUUACUACGAAAAGGACGGAGACGACACGUCACCCGUUCUCACCAGCUGCGACAUCGUCAAAGUUCCCGACCCACAGAUGGGGAUGGAGAACCUGGUGGAGAGCAAGCACCACAAGCUGGCUCGUAGCCUCCGCAGUGGACCCUCGGAUCACGACCUGAAGCCCAACGCUGCGACGCGCGACCAGCUCAACAUCAUCGUGAGCUACCCUCCAACCAAGCAGCUGAGUUCAGAGGAACAGGACCUGGUGUGGAAGUUCCGAUAUUACCUCACUACACAGGAGAAGGCAUUAACCAAGUUCCUCAAGUGUGUGAACUGGGAUCUGCCCCAGGAGGCCAAGCAGGCCCUGGAGCUGCUGGGGAAGUGGAGGCCCAUGGACGUGGAGGACUCCCUGGAGCUGCUGUCGUCCCAGUUCACCAACCCGACGGUCCGACGCUACGCCGUGGCGCGGCUGCAACAGGCGGACGACGAGGACCUGUUGAUGUAUCUCCUCCAGCUGGUCCAGGCGCUCAAAUAUGAAAACUUCAGUGAUAUUCAGGGCGGCCUGGAGCCAGGCAGCAAGAGAGACGGCCAGGGACUUUCGGAUGACUCGGCAAUGGACAGUUCACAGAUUCUCUCUGGCACAUCUGGAUCCUCCACUGCGCCACAGAAAGGCAAGGAGGGAACUGACGGCGAGAAUCUGGAGCAAGACCUGUGCACGUUCCUCAUCUCCCGUGCCUGUAAGAACUCCACACUCGCCAACUACUUGUACUGGUAUGUGAUCGUGGAGUGCGAGGAUCAGGACACUCAGCAGAGAGACCCCAAGACCCACGAGAUGUACCUGAACGUCAUGAGGCGGUUCAGUCAGGCUUUACUCAAGGUGAAGCAGUCCGACACGACUAGUGGUGAUAAGAGUGUGAGGGUGAUGCGGUCGCUGUUGGCUGCCCAGCAGACAUUUGUAGACAGACUGGUGCAGCUGAUGAAAGCUGUGCAGAGGGAGAGUGGAAACCGCAAGAAGAAGACGGAGCGGCUGCAGGCUCUGCUGGCCGACAACGAGAAGGUUAACCUUUCGGAGAUCGAGCCCAUCCCUCUCCCGCUGGAGCCUCAGAUCAGGAUCAGAGGCAUCGUGCCCGACACGGCCACGCUCUUUAAGAGCGCCCUGAUGCCGGCCAAGCUGAUCUUCAAGGCAGAGGACGGAGCAAUGUACCCAGUCAUCUUCAAGCACGGUGACGACCUGAGGCAGGACCAGCUCAUCCUGCAGAUCAUCUCACUUAUGGACAAACUGCUGAGAAAAGAGAAUCUGGACCUGAAGUUGACUCCUUAUAAGGUGUUGGCCACCAGCACCAAGCACGGUUUCAUGCAGUUUGUCCAGUCUGUUCCUGUUGCAGAAGUUCUGGCCACUGAAGGCAACAUCCAGAGUUUCUUCAGGAAACACGCGCCGAGUGAAAAGGGCCCGUACGGCAUCAGCUCCGAGGUGAUGGACACCUACGUCAAGAGCUGUGCUGGUUACUGUGUCAUCACAUACAUCCUGGGAGUGGGAGACCGACAUCUUGACAAUCUGCUUCUGACGAAGACUGGGAAGCUCUUCCACAUCGACUUUGGCUACAUCCUGGGCAGAGACCCCAAGCCGCUGCCUCCGCCCAUGAAGCUGAGCAAAGAGAUGGUGGAGGGGAUGGGCGGCAUGCAGAGCGAGCAGUACCAGGAGUUCAGGAAGCAGUGCUACACGGCCUUCCUGCACCUCAGGAGAUACUCCAACCUGAUCCUGAAUCUAUUCUCUCUCAUGGUGGAUGCCAAUAUUCCUGACAUUGCUCUGGAGCCGGACAAGACGGUUAAGAAGGUGCAGGACAAGUUCAGAUUGGACCUGUCGGACGAGGAGGCGGUUCACUACAUGCAGAGUCUGAUCGAUGAGAGUGUGGGGGCUUUGUUCGCAGCUGUGGUCGAGCAGAUACACAAGUUUGCCCAGUACUGGCGUAGAUGAGCAGAGACUUCGGCGGCGAGGAUGAAGGGGAGCGAACGUUUGCAGUAGGAACACACGGCACUGACACGACCGACGCUGUGUGUGUGAGUCUGUUUGCGUGUGUGUGAGUGUGUGUGUGAGCGCGAGAACGAGAGAGGACGACUUGAAGAAGAAACCCAAUGACACUGUUAAAAAGGCCAAGAAUUGCACUGCCAACAUUUACUGCAAGACGGCGAAACAAGGACACGGACAUCUUUGUUUGCUUAUGUAUAUAUCAUGUAUAUUAAUUAUUGAAUGAAUGAAAUGUACGGCCAAAUAAAAAAAAAAAUGCUGUUGAUACAA